UAUUUAUUUAUUUUUUUCUAUGACCUUCUUAUAUCUUGUGUGAGGAUUUGAUACUGUUUUUAGUUUGUUUUGUUUUUUUUAUAGAAAGUGGGUCACAUGGGGAAGUUGGGUUUUGGGAGGGUGUUGGAUUGCUUAUGCCUCCGUACUUGUUCAAACUCAAGUUUUUGCAUGAAUUCACUGGACAACCAAGAUGAUAUGGAGAGGAGGGCACUCAUUGGAAGUGACGGAGGUCAGAUGAUGAGAACUAGAGAUGUAGCUGAUGGGAACCAGACAUUGGCUUUUCAUUUAAAACCCAAGGUAUUUCUUUCUUCUUUGUUCUUUUUUUUUUUUUUUCUGUGUGGGAAGUGCGGAGUGACCUCUUUCCAAGUAGAUUUGGAGACCAAGAAGGUGAUUGUGAUGGGCGAUAUUGCUCCAUUUGAAGUGUUGGAGAGUGUUUCAAAGGUCAAAACUGCACAGCUUUGGACUUCUCCUUAUUAA